AUGUCUGUGGAGGUGAGACAAGUUUUCUUAAUGGAAGUGAAAAUGUUUUCUCGCCUUAGCGGUUGGUGGCGUCAUUCUCUGAAAACUCGACCGGUGCUGACAAAUACCAUUGUGUACGCCAGUUUUUACACAGCAGCUGAACUGUCACAGCAGACUUUCAACAAGAUUUACUCACCUGAAAAACCUGAAUUAGAUUUUAAAAGCGCCGGCCGAAUUGUAGUUGUAGGAAGCUGUGUGUAUGCCCCAACACUGUACUAUUGGUAUAAAUUCCUAGACAACAAAUUUGCUGGAGCAUCGGCAAAAGCUGUUUUGACAAAGGUAGCGUCUGAUCAGUUUCUCAUGACACCAGUACUUCUAGCUGCCUUCUAUUCUUUGUUAGGAGCUCUGGAAGGCAAGGAGGACGUUUUAGAAGAACUGAAACAGAAGUACUGGAAGACGUUUGUAGCCAACCAGGCUUUUUGGAUACCUGGACAAAUUAUUAACUUCGCAUUGGUGCCACCUCAUUUACGAGUGGUGUACGUAGCGUCUGCUUCGUUCCUCUGGAUAAACAUACUUUGUUUUAUAAAGAGACAAAAAGUUGACAACGAAGAGAAAGUGUAG